AUGGGGCCACACGUUGUCUUUGGUUUUAAGGAAACGUAUGGAAGGCCAACUGCAAGGAUGGCGUCAUGCCUAGUGGUCUCCACAGAAGAAGUGCAGCUGCUUGCAUCGACCGCUCCGGGUCCAAACGCCUAUCUGCACGGCGCAUUGGCGGGUGCGGCACAGCAAGGAAACGACGACUUCUUCUUCGAUUAUGCGUACGCCUUUCGCCUCAAGCUCGGGAGCGCCUUCACCAAGGACGGCUUUGGGGUGCCGUGCCAAGGCAGUGUCUGCAAAGGCAACGUGCCCCUGUACACCCGAGGAGCCGAGCCGUUCAUCUGGGAGCGGAAACGGAACCGUGGAGGUGCGAUCAUCUGCCCAGGCGGCGGCGGACACCUCCUCUGUCUCCGAUGUUUGGACGCCGCAUACGCCGAGGGCCGCCCCUUUGUCUCAACGGUCACUGGAGAGGCAAUAGACCGAAGUGACCUCUUCAAGAAGUACGAGGCCUCUCCCGACUCAGGAGAGUUGAGAGAGCCGAAGUUAGGGCAGCCCGCGGCGGAGGGGGGGCGCCAGUUUUUUGUUCAAAGGCGGGAUUUGGAGGCGUGCCCGUGCUGCAAGAAGGCAAAGGUCGCCAGACGGGGAAUAAAGAGGGCGCUCGAGUCCGGUCCCACUCCGAAGGAAUGCGGGACGGCUGCAGUAUUGGAGGAGUUGAAACGGUGCACAAUCCCUCCGACCGUCAUUGGCGCGGGGCUGUUUCUCGUUCCGCAUCUGGGGGGCGACGGGCGGGUUCUCGAGUUCUCUUUGUCAGAGACCGGGGGGAAGCCGGUCAAUCUGCCUCGGCUCGUCAAGGUGGAUCAUGCGGGCAACUUCCGCUGCAUGUGCGGCCAGAAAGCAUGCAGAGACCAUGAAGUGGGCCUUUUGAGAGACACCGCAGCUAUGGAGGGCUGGUGGGGAUCCGUCACAGGGGGGGCGCGACCAGACUUUGGCCCGUUUGACGAGAGCUCAAGCUUUGUACGAAAGGUCAUGAGCAAUCCAGACCGGGUCCUCCCCAUCGAGCUGGACGGCCGUCUGGGAGCUCCAAUCAGUGGGCUCAACGCGGCCGCAUGGUCGGGGCCAAGACUCCGUCUGUUUGUGGUUGGCACUGGGGCGGGAGUCGACAAACUCCCAGCAGUUUGCGUGCUCACAGGGAGGAAUGCCUUUUGCAGCAGAUGUCCGGAUCAGGAGGGGUGCUCGCACGUGGAGAGAGGUUUUGCAGGGACGAAGCAGUCACGCACGGCAGUAAGCUUCCGACCUGAAGACGGACGGGUGCUUCAGGUUGCAACACGCACAACACCCGUUUUGGAGAAACGGGCGGAAAGGGAGGAGCUUCGAGCGUCAGGGCAGGGAAAGCUCUGGGUCUGCAACGAUCGGCUUUGCCGGCGGCCGGACUCGAAAGUUGCGUGCACCCACCGGGACUCACGAGAGCUGUGGGAGUGUCUCCCUGCGGCGGCCCUCGAUAUGGGCCACAGCCAUCGGAAGAUCGACACGGUCAUGAGCCGGGGUGGAGCGAGUGUUGCGAGCCUUUGCGAACGGUGGGGCGAAGAGGGGGUGCGGCGGCGUGAUAAAGCAAAGCACUUUUGCGCCCCGCGACCCGUCGAGGUGCUGUCGCCGUGCGGCCGACCAUGGCAAGUGGAGAGCCGGAAGGGGGCGCUAACAACGGCCGGAGCGCGCUACUCUAUCACAACCUAUCGGAGGAUCUGCCGCAUCGCCCCAGGGCAAGAGGCGGCUUGCUGCUCAACUGCCUACGACGGCCUGGCAAUCAAGUGCGCUAUGCAGCCCAAGAUCCAGACACCUCAAACAGGAAGACGGCAUCUUCAACUUCUCCGGCACCAACCUCAUCUCGCACGGAUUGCUCUUGCGAAAUUACUUUGCCGCAGCUCUGGGGCAGCCCACAGCCUCAACUUUGAGGCCGGUGACAUGGCGACAAGGAGCCUCGAGGGCCCCAACGUCCCUAGACUGGACGACCGGGUGUUCGACUCGGCUAUGCAGGCCUUCAACGACUUGGCCGCCCGGCCUCGGAUCCAGCACGUCUGCUCGCGCGCCGAUUGCGCGCAUCUGUACACAUGCGAGGUAGAGGCGGCCGGGGCUGAGGCCCAAAAGGCCGGCACCCCCCUGAGGCCGGAGCGAACGGAGGGGCCGAGCUCCGAGCUGUCGACCUACGCUUUUGGGCGGGACAAGGUCAUCACGUUCGACGGCACAUUUUUUGCCAACUCAAGCGCGAUGCGAGACUCUGAGACGGAGGCAUCGCUGCACAGCAUCUGCGAGCCGGAUCCAAGGGCAACGAGGGUUGCUGGGGGCUUCAGUCCUCUGAGCGUAGGCGGAGUGCGGCCAUCCGACGUGCCGCUCGAAGGGAUCGACUGCCCUUGGAAGUUCCGAAACGGGCUCUCAGAGCUACGGCCGGCAAUACGGGCCCUGGCGCUUCGCUGGUGCAACUUUCGAAAGGCUCCGGCGCAAGGGAGCAAUGCGCCUUUAAAACCGGAGGAGUUCGUCAUGAUACGAGAAGGGCUUCCGGCAAACGUCGUUGCCCUGAUCGACUUCGUGACGGAGGCGGGGGCUUGUAUUGACCCGGCCACGUGUGCCGUCUGCCAGGGGGUCCCGAGGCGGCCCUGGAUGCAAGGGUUUCUCAAGGAGGGGCCGGUGGGGCCGACCGGUUGGUGCCCCACGCACUUCCAGCCGUAUGGAGCCCUCCUGCACGCGCUGCUCAUUCCGAGGUACUCCUGGGUGUUUGGGCGCAUCGUCACCCUGAAGCUGCUGAGACACGUGUUGCUGGAGGGGCCUCUCGAUGCGCAAGGGAUGGCCUUUCUCUCCAACGACGGUCCCAUGCUAGCGGCCGUCCUGCGCCUGCAUCCCAGCGCCGGCGGACAGUACGCCUUUCCGGCGGCGCUGCGGCCGCUCGUGCGCGACAUUUAUGCCACGAACCUCCUCUGCUUCGAGCCCAGCGCAAACCGGCCAGGGCCCUUGUCGCGGUCGCCUCUGGCCGCCCUCCAUGAUGCGACCGAGCACCUCUGGGCGAUCGAAGGCGAGAAGCUGAGGCUUGCGGGUCAGAUGGAGGGGGCCGCAAUGGAGUAUGCCGAGCAGCGCGGGGCGGCAUUGAAGGGGGCUGCCAACUCGCUUCUGUUCGAGCUCGAAGUUCGAGAGCCCCAGUGCUACAAAGACGGCGGCUUCCUUCGAGCGCCGUCAGCAACUUACGCGGAGCGGGUCGGCGCCGUCUCGGCCUACGCGUUCCACCCUUUGUUGUACGGCCGGCCUCGGUUCGUCGAUUGGGAAGACGAAGCGGGUCGGGGAAAGAGGGGUUCGGAGGAGCGGCUCACCCAGCACUGCAGCGCCCCGAACCCUCGGUCAUCAAAGGGGCGCGCCGGGAUGUUCAUUGCGUGCUGCCAGGACCAAGCGCCCCUGGGAUACCAUUGGCUGAAGGGCGGUGAGAGCGUCUCGGACCUGGGGACCGUGCUGCUCACACGGUUCCCUUUUAGGACGUUGCGUGGGCUCACGAUCGUGGAGGAUGCCGCUUGCAAUGCCCAGGAGUGGAUGCUGAACCGGGUGCCACAGCUGGCCAAGUUCAUGCUAUUUCUUGUCGACCGGUUCCACUCGGGCCCCGUGAGCUGCGCGCCGUCUGGCGCAAAGCGUUAUGCGACGCACACGUGUGCCCCGACGCUCUUCAUCGACUUGUUUCCACAACACAGCCACACGAUCACGACGGCCUCGGAGGGCAUCAACUCGGGCCUCAAGAGAUGCGCGGCCAGCCUCCAGCAGAUCACGAGCAUCAAGCGGCUCUUGAGCAGGUUCACGACGAUCCUCGACACGCUGUUCGAGCGCUCAAAGUACGCAUUGUAUUGGAGCAAGGCUAGUAAUCCUUUGAGAGACUCCAUUAAGAGGGGGCGCUGUUGA